CCCCCGGCAACGUGCUCCAUCGUCUCCCCCUCCGCUUCCCCGCGCUUCCCGGGAAAGCAACUCUUCCAGGCAGGACCGGGGGCCUCCUCCUCACCAGGAGUACCUCUCCUCUGGCUCUGCACCCUGGCGAUGGCAGCACCCAAGGUCGCAGUGGUUGGCGCGGGAGUCAUCGGCCUGUCCACAGCGCUGUGCAUCACGGAGACUUGCCCCAGCUGCUCUGUGACGGUCCUUUCAGACCAGUUCAGCCCCAACACGACGAGUGAUGUUGCAGCCGGGAUGCUCAUCCCUCACACCUACCCAGGCACACCAAUCCACGUGCAGAAGCAGUGGUUCAAAGAGACCUUCACUUUCCUUUUUGCCAUCAGCAACUCACCUGAGGCAUCAGAGGCUGGCAUUCACCUGGUCUCUGGGUGGCAGGUCUUUAAAAACACUCCCAAGGAAGAGUUACCUUUCUGGUCAGAUGUCGUCCUGGGAUUUCGACCAAUGUCCGAAGCAGAACUCCAAAAGUUUCCGGAACACCGAUUUGGUCAGGCCUUUACGACACUGAAAUGUGACUGUCCACCCUACCUGCUGUGGCUGGAGAAAAGGUUGAAAGCAGCCGGCGUCCAGAUGCACACCAGAAAAGUUACAGACUUGUGGGACCUGCACAGCGAAUAUAAUGUCGUCGUCAACUGCGCGGGCAUCGGAGCCCACCAGCUGGUGGGGGACGAGAAGCUCUUCCCCGUCAGGGGACAAGUACUCAAGGUUCAUGCUCCUUGGGUGAAAAACUUCAUCCGGGACGGGGAUGGCUUAGCUUACAUCUACCCGGGGAUACACAGGGUAACCCUAGGGGGAACCAGGGAAAAGGGGAGCUGGAGUCUCUCCCCUGAUCCUGGCACUACCAAAGACAUCUUUGACAGAUGUUGCUCCCUUGAGCCCUCACUGCGGGGAGCUCAGGAUAUCAAGGUGAAGGUGGGCCUGAGGCCAUCCCGGCACUGCGUGAGACUGCAGAGAGAGGUCUUGAGCCGAGGAGGAGUUAAGCUCCUGGUGGUCCACAACUAUGGGCACGGGGCAGGUGGCUUUUCGGUGCAGAGGGGCACAGCCAAAGAGGCUGCUCGCUUGGUGGGAGAGUGCAUUGCUACCCUGCCAGGCUCCUCAUCGAGGGCCAAGCUUUGA